GAGCAGUCGGUCCUGACGCACGGACGCUCCUCUCCUCUCCGGAGCCGCGCGCAGAGAUCAGUCUGCCGGGGAGAGAGCCACCAUGUCCCGGCAGGACAUGGUAACUUCAAUGUUAUUUUUUUACUGAGAAAAACUCAGGACUUUUAUCCGUAACAAGGUCACCUGUUCGGACUGAGCGUAUUGAAGUGAGAGCUGAUGCGCAGCGACGGGAGCGUUGAGGAUUUCUGGAUUUUGCAUCAGUUUCCAUACUUUUGAUAGAUUAAUUCAAAUGUGUUGAGAACUCAAAGGACUACUUUUAUCUCUUUUACUUUUUGACACAAACACGAAGACUUUUGGACAUUUUAUUACAACUUUUUUGAGUUGGAGAUGGAGCCGGAGGGGGGGAAGCUCUCAGUGUGGGUCUGCCGGGAGGAGAAGCUCGUCUCCGGGCUGACGAAGCGCACCACCUGCGCAGAUGUGGUCAGAGUCCUGCUGGAUGACCAGAACCUGCAGCAGGGGGCAGCGGCCGCGAUGCUGUCCGGAGCCCCGCAGUCCUACUGCGUGGUGGAGAAAUGGAGAGGCUUCGAGAGGAUUUUACCCAACAAGACCAAAAUCCUCCGGCUGUAUGGCGCGUGGGGGGAAGAGCAGGAGAAUGUCCGAUUUGUUCUGGUGAAGAACGAGGCUUCGCUACCUAAUAAUGGACCCCGCAGCGCUGAGGCCCGUGUGGUCCAGAGCCGGGAGAGCGGCGGUCCGGGCGGGGGGCUGAAGGGCACCGCCAAGACCUGCUGGACCGCUGCGGCCACCGCGGCGAACCUGACCCAGGACAAGCAGAGGCGCAUAGUCAGGAAGGCUUUCAGGAAGUUGGACAAGAUGAACAAAAAGAAGGAUCAGACUGUCCCCAAAGAUAAGGGCUCGGUGGAGAAGAUGGAGACGCUGGUUCACCUGGUGAUCUCCCAGGACCACACCAUCCGGCAGCAGGUCCAGAGGAUCAAGGAGCUGGACCGGGAGAUCGAGCGCUACGAGGCCAAAGUGCACUUCGACCGCAUCAAGAGACAUGGGGUGAACUAUGUGCAGGACACAUACAUGGUGGACGCCUCCUCGGAGGACCCUGCCGCCUCUGACUGUAAGCGCAAAGCGGAGCGGCAGGACGCGCGGUGCACGGAGGAGGCGGUGGCGCAGUUCGAGGAGUAUGCGCUGCGGUGCGAGGAGGUGGUGCGGCUGCAGGAGGAAGUGGCGGAGCGGGAGGCGCUGGUGGAGUGCAUCACCGGGGAGAUCCAGGAGGAGCUCAACAGGCGGUGGAUGAAGCGGCGUCGGGAGGAGAUAGGAGCGGAAGCGGCAAAGGACACGGACAGCCUCGCGGAGGAGAUGAGCCUGGCUGCCUCUCCAGCUGUGGAGGCAGAUGUGGAUAGUUCGUCUGAGAAUGAGUUUGUGUUGGAGGAGGAGAGGAUUAAAACGCAGCUGGACACCAGCUUGUAUAUCGGGCUGCGGUUGAAGACAGACCUGGACUCCACCAGGGGGGACUUGGACCUGAGUUUGGCGGUCUGGGAGAUCAGGGAGAGUGAACUUCUGGACCUACUGGCUAAAGUUGAGACCAUGGAGAUAGAGCAGGUGACUGAGGAUGGUGAGGCAGAGCUGGGGCCAGUAAGUAUUGAAGCUGAGCCCCCAGAGGAGAAGAGCAGCGUCUGGGUAGAGCAGGCCAGAGGUCUCUCCAAGACCUGCCACACCAACGACGAGGACUCGGACACAGGCUUGAGCUCCAUGCACAGCCAGGACUCUGACAACCCCCCUGUGUGCGAAUCACUGGUAUAGACUUUGUGAAGCAUGUUGGACUAAACUCAGGGGCAGAGAAUCAGUGUUGGCUAUAGAGUGGUGCAGUGAUGACGUGUUUUUGUAGUCUAUCCCGGAAGUUAGCAUCGCAAGGGCUCCUAGAAUAAAAAAGAAUGGGCAUUUUCCAUUGGAUAUUGGAUGGAAUAUUGAAGAAAAUAAGAUAUGUGGCAAACACACAUUGAUGAAAUGUACACGUUUUGUUCAGCAGGAUAAUCUCCACAUAUUAACACCAUGUUGAUAGUUGAAGUGUAAAUGCAAAUGGUAGAAGUAAAAAGCUAACGUUAGGCCAUUUAUAAACUAAGUUAAGCUAACGUUUGGCAUGUUGACAUUUAGUAGUUUAAUUUAGCCACUUUUUUAAGACAUGUAAAAGCUUCAGACUAUCACCAGUGGGCUAUUUACUAACUUAGUUUGUGUCGUAAAAACAAAGCAUGAAAGUCUCGUAAACUUCUAUCAUUUUUGGAAAUCUAACCAAAAACGUAUUUAAAAAAAAUUACUUCAAGACGAGGUAGGGCAAUAUUGCAAAAACGUAUUUCAGGGUUUAGGACUCAUUCCUGCACCACUCUAUACUGGGAGAUGUUUCCCAAAAUGCACCUCAACACAGAUCAUUCUACAGCAAUAAUUCCUAAAAGUAGUUGCACAGUAAGCUUGGGGGGACAGCAUGAGUAGAGGGGAAAUACGGCCAUGCUGCUCCAUAGCUGACGAGGAGAGUCAACAGAGUAAGACAAAUAGCCCAUAGGAGUAUUAUAAUAAACCACUGAUAAUCCGUAGUCUUCAUCGAGAAACUUACUUCAAAGUAAACUCGACACAGAGAGUUAAUAACAGCUUGCUUAUGUCAGGACACUUUUUGCUGAAGCCGCUAAAAGGGUAAGUACAGGUUUCCUUUAAAAGGUCAAAAGUAACUGUAGCUUCAAGCACAGAGAAGUACUGGUAGGUCAACUCCAAAAUGCUCUUUGGAUCAAACAAAAGCACAAUUAAUUUCAGUUCACCUCAGCCUGUUCAAAACAACAUUGAAAUGUACAAUCAAUGGCAAGGUAAAGUCUUACCUAACUAAUAUGCUAAAUUGUAUCAUAAUUUGGGGAAUGAAAACAGCAGACUUUGUGAAUUGGUGUUGAAACAGUGAUCCCUGUCCAGCUGGCUAAGCAGAGUAGAUCGAUUGAUAUUGAUCACCGUAUUAAAAGUGUCUGUCUUUAAAGCACAAAAAGUUAUAUUUAUUUAACAAUAGACAUGAGUCAUCUGCGACACUCUGUCCUGAACGAGUCAACUAUCAUAGAUAGGAUUAUCUUUUUUUUUAUCUAGCAGCUGUUUCAUUGUUGUUAAAAGCAGUAGUUCUAAAUCUUUUUGUCUUGUGUCCCUUUAAAAUAAUUCAAAAUCAUCUUGAAAAGUUAAGCAUUUCUAGAGCUGUGAGCAUUUCAAGCAAGCAAAGACUGAUUUAUUGAUCAAGUUUGAAUAAUUAUAGACCUAAGGAAGACACAUAUCUAAAAGACCGAAACAUAUACUUUACUUCACUUUAUUGGGCAAAAUUGUUUUGUGCACAUUUUCUCAUUCGGACCAACUAAGAAGGUCCUGAACUGUUGGGAACCACUGAUUAAGGGGGAAAAAAAGUCCACAGAAUAUUCAUAAAGAUAUAAGUUCAGAGCAAAAACAAAUGUGCACUUUUUAAAAGAUUUAGUCCAGUAAUAUAGUAUUUUACUUCCAGGUGAGAGACUUACAAAACACAAAAAAUAAUGAAUGAAAUUCAAGCAGACAUCCUAAAUGUUAGUUCUUAUUAUGGAUCGAGCUCCAAACACGCUGAAAAUGCACACAUACAUCUGAAGUCAUGGCUUUAGGUGAAAAUUAGAUAACUGAGGAUUUAAUUUAUUAUACAACAGCUUUCACACGCUGAGUACACCAACAUUCUGAAGGUGGCGUGUUUCCCUGAAAAGCAUCUUACUUAACCAUAAUCAAGGAGCAGACCACGUUAAUACAAGGAGUUAUUUCCCUAAAGGAAGGCUUACAUAAAUUAAUCUGUAAGAAAACAAACACCAGGAAUACAAAUGUGAGACUGCACAUUCGAUCGCUACAGUUUAGUCUUAUCUGUCUAUUUAACAAAUGUACGGAACAACCUAUGGAAAGCCAAGAAGUCCAAAAACGACAUAACAUUUAAAUUAGAAGCAGUAAUUUGUCAUACUUUACUUCCUUCAUGAGGCAUUAUGAUCAUCAAUAAUGUUACCUUGUUUUAUCUAAGUCAAUCUGUGAGUACAAACACCUGUAAGAUUACAUUUUAAGAUGCUUUUUGGGAGAAAUUACCCCAUUUAGUCAGACCAAAGCCUCUGUAUCUCUGAACACUGUGUCAUUAAGAAGAACUUUUUUAAGCCUCCGUUCACUUUCUACAUCCUGGAAAAAGUUGCUGCGUCAGCUGGGCUUCUUUAUUAACUUUUCCAGGAACUGCAACAGAAAACAACACAAAAGCUACCACAAUAAAUUAUUUUAAGAUCAUCCUUCAGUUAAAUCCCUCUGUAUGUUUUUCCGGCUGCAUUGAUAUGAAUCGUACAUGUUUGUCCAACUGUAAAUGAAUGAAUAACAUAGAAGAGACUGAUGAUACUGUUUCUGUGGCUUUAGCUGUUAGCUUUUGCCAAAUACUAGCUCAUAGCUAAUUCAUGUAGCUUGUUCAGGGAGAGUUUGGGCCUCUACGUACAUGAAAUUCAGCUAAAUGGCUCCAAAUCAGCAACUCUGAAGCUACAGCAGAGUGUUCAGAUGCUCUGUGGCUACAUCGUGACGCUAACAAAACUACACAUGACUGUUAGUGUUGAAAUAAAGAGUAAAACCUA